CCUUCUUUAUUGCGGUGAAAUCAAUUAUUCUGUUAAAGCCUCACGGUUAUAAUAAUGCUCAUCUCAUUAUCUGUCAUUUUCUCAAUUUUCUCUGAGUGGGGGUGGGGACUUGGCGAUCUGAAGCCCUGGCAGAUGAUGGAGUGAGUCACGAUAAUAGCAGGCGGGAUUGUGCAGGAAUGGCUCUCUUGCAUUAAUUCACCGCGGAAGAUCUUUUCUACCAGCCCCGUCUCCGGAAGCCCGGGGCCCGUAGUUUGUCUCCAUCUUCUGCUUCCUCCGCUCAUAUUUAUGCAUUAGGCGUUUCUGCAGUGAGCCGCUGGACGUUGAUGUUUUUAAGGAGGUGUCCCCACUCCUCCCUCUUUCUCUCUCUCUGUCUCCCUUUCUCUUCCUUCGCUCCGUGCCGCCGUCGAUCGGCGGGGGUCUCGGUGCGCUCAGACGCGCUCUGCGUUCAGACUCGUAAGCGACCCCACCGAUGGCCCACCAUAAGCGGGACUGCUCCGACCAGACGAUCCGCUCCGGCUGCAGCAGCCUCUCCUAGCGAAGGCAGAGCUGCGAGAGGCUCCUAUUUUGGAAUACCGCAUUGUUUUUGAUUCCCUACCAGAGAGAGAAAGGUGAUGAUGCUGAGGAUGCCAUGGUGGAUUUCCCUUUUGUGCGUCUGUGGGUUGAUGCACGUCGGUCACCAGAGCAGCCUUGAUGCCUCAAAUGGAGACGCCUUCUCGAGCCUGAAAGCUCUUCGCGAUGCGGGCAGGUUCGUGGGGAAGGAGAACACGGUGCCUCUCCGGCUUGUGUACAGCAGCCAAAACCACAGCCAGAUUACCCACGAUGAGCUCAGCACCAGGGUGAAGGCCAGCCCCGACUCCACGCAGAUGGAGCACGUUACCCAAGCAACCUUUCAAGUUGACGCUUUUGGAAAAACAUUCAUUCUGGAUGUAGAGCUGAAUCAUGAUCUCCUGUCUUCGGGAUAUCAGGAGAGGCAUUUAUCAGAGAAUGGGAAGAUCUUCGUCACCAAAGGAGGAGAGCACUGCUACUACCAGGGGAGGGUCAGAGACGCGCCUCGCUCCUUCGCGGCGCUCUCCACCUGCCACGGACUGCAAGGGAUGUUUUUCGAUGGCAAUCACACCUACACGAUUGAACCUGGAGGACAAGCCAACAACAGCGGCAAUCUUCAUAUUCACUUGAUAUACAAAUCUGCUGGACAGGAGGAGUUGAGUGAUCUCUUUGGUGGGGAUUUACCAGAGCCGCCUUUCCCCAGUCCGCCUUUCCCUGAGUCAAAAGUUGUGCACUGGAGAAAAAAGAGACAGGCUCCACGUUUGUCACGCAGUGUAGAAGAUGAGACCAAAUACAUAGAGCUUAUGGUGAUCAAUGAUCAUGUCAUGUAUAAGAGGCAUCGUCUUUCCGUUGGGCACACGAACAAUAACGCUAAGACAGUGGUCAAUAUAGCUGACAUGAUUUUCAGGGAGCAGCUCAACACCCAAAUUGUGCUCGUCGCUAUGGAAACCUGGUCAGUGGACAACAAGUUCAACAUCGAUGACGACCCCAUGGUGACGCUGAAGGAGUUCAUGAAGUACAGGAAGGACUUCAUCAAGGAGAAAUGUGACUCUGUUCACCUCUUUUCAGGGAACCAGUUUCAUAGCAACCGGGGGGCGGUCUCCUAUACGGGAGGAGUUUGUUCUCUCACCAAAGGAGGGGGAGUCAAUGAGUAUGGUAAAACAAAUGACAUGGCCAUCACCCUGGCUCAGGCUUUGGGUCAGAACAUCGGCAUUUUCUCCGAUAAGAAGAGGAUCCUCAACGGUGAAUGUAAGUGUGAUGAUCGAUGGGCGGGCUGCAUCAUGGAUGACGUUGGUUUCUAUUUACCGAAGAAGUUUACUGAUUGCAACGUGGAGGAGUACCACAACUUUCUGAACAGUGGGGGAGGAGCCUGCCUCUUUAACAAACCUAUGAAGCUGCUGGAUCCGCCAGAGUGUGGUAAUGGCAUUUUGGAGGCAGGAGAAGAGUGUGACUGUGGCAGCACUGAGGAAUGUGCCAAAGAGGGUGAGAACUGCUGUAAGAACUGCACUCUGACCAAAGGGUCCAACUGUAGCAACGGGCUAUGCUGCAGAAACUGCCAGAUGGAGGUCAUGGGAGUUUUGUGUCGAGAUGCGGUGAAUGACUGCGACAUACCAGAAAAAUGCACAGGCAACUCCAGCCAGUGUCCACCAAAUGUGCACAAGAUGGAUGGAUACACAUGUGAAAAAGAUCAGGGUCGCUGCUUCAAUGGAAGGUGCAAAACAAAAGACAGACAGUGCAAGUACAUUUGGGGAGAAAAGGCGACAGCAGCUGACAAGUUCUGCUAUGAAAAGCUCAACAUUGAAGGGACAGAAAAAGGAAAUUGUGGGAAGGAAAAGGACACCUGGAUCCAGUGUAACAAACAGGAUGUUCACUGCGGCUACCUGCUGUGCUCAAACAUCUCUCCCGCCCCGCGGCUGGGCGACCUGCAGGGAGGACUCACCUCUUUCUCAGUCGCUCAGCACGGUGCCCCCCUGGACUGCAGCGGUGCGCAUGUGCUGAUUGACGGAGACACAGACCUGGGGUACGUCGAGGACGGGACGGCCUGCGGAACAGACAGCAUCUGUUUGGAUCACAAGUGUCUGCCGAUUGAACAGUUCAACUUCAGCACCUGUCCUGGCACCACCGCCAAGACCAUCUGCUCUGGACACGGAGUGUGCAGUAAUGAGCUGAGGUGUGUGUGCGAACUGGGCUGGACAGGAGACGACUGCUACUCCAGGUCUCCGUUCAGUAACCUUGUGGUGGGACCGACCGCUCCUGUUUCAGGUAUCACCAGCACCAACAUCAUUAUCGGGGCCAUCACUGGCUCCAUCCUCUUCCUCGCUCUCAUACUGGCUGUCACAGCCUGGUGCUACAAGAGCUACAAAAAGAGACGAUAUGCUGAAUCUGAGGUUCACAGGAGAUUCUGCCGACAAAUUCCCCCCGGUGACUAUGUCACCAAACCCGGGGAUGCAGAUUCAUUUUACAGCGACAUGCCUCCGGGCGUCAGCACCAACUCCGGAUGCAGCUCCAAGAAGAGGUCAGCCUGCCUGUCCCACCUGCAGAUUUGCACGCUGUCCUUCACUCCAUCCUUCCCAUCCAUUUCUCAGAACUUCUCAGUGUUUGGCUUCAGAUCUAACGGCCUGUCCCACUCAUGGAGCGAGAGGAUUCCAGAUGCCAAACACAUCACCGACAUCUGUGAAAACGGGAGACCACGGAGCAAUUCGUGGCAAGGAAACCUCAGCGGUAAUCGGAAGAAGCUGAAAGGGAAGAAGUUCAGGGCUCGCUCCAACUCCACAGAGUAUUUAACCCCUCGCAACAAAUCAGAGUUUUAUGAUGUAACUAAAUGGGUAGAAGAUGUGAAUAAAAACACUCAAGGACCUUUCCUUAGGACACUUUCCCCUGCCAAGUCCCCGACUUCUUCUACAGGAUCCAUUGCAUCCAGCAGAAGAUACCCAUAUCCCAUGCCUCCACUGCCGGACGACCAGAGGAAAGCCAACAGGCAGAGCGCCAGGCUUUGGGAAACAUCAAUAUAACUCUGACGAAAGCUCCUAAGAAAGUACACAAGUCUCCUUUUCUACACACAGAAAACCGAAAAAAAAAGCAUAUAAAAUUGACUCUAAAGCUCCUAAAGAGAGAGAAAGAGACAGACAGAGUGACCGGAAUAGAAAGGACGUAGACAGACAUCUAUUAGGGUGAACAAAUAUGUUCGGGGCGGACUCUGCAAGAAGACGCAGAGAAACGAGCCUCCUGGAGCUCAGACCGAGCUGUUCGUUUGUGCUGAAGCCUCAAAAAUCGGACUGGACCCCCCCCCCCCGAACUCUACACACCUUUCAUAGAUCAGCUCUUGUCACAGUCUCUUCAGACACACCGUCACCCACCCUAAGGCGUUGGAGCUCCUCUCUGAAGGAAGCGAAGGAGGCAGAAAGAAGCUAUCACAUCUCUCUUGAGUCUGCACUGACUGAUUUUUGCAGGAUGUUGUUUGAAUUGGAAGUCCAGCAUUGUGUGCAUGAGAGAAGCCCUGAUUAUCAGCUACAUCUACCCGGCAUAAAGAAGAGCAGCAGUCUGAUUUGAAGGGAAAGCAUGCAUCUGCAUUAAAACUAACCCAUGUGUCACCAGAUAUAUUUCACUUCUUGAACCGAUCCUGCCCUCCUGUUAUUCCAGUUCCCCAGAAAUUUGCUGUUGUGUGUGUAAAUAUGUACAGUAAAGUACACACAGAGUAUGCUUGUGCUUUUAUUUUGAAAGACAAAAGCAUAGAGAAUACUCAGCUCAUUGUUUUAGCCGUAGACAGAGGCGAUGUCUGUAGAUAAAUAUGAAGACCCUGCACUGUCCUGUCAGGGUUUCUAUUUUUGAUUGUUUUUUUGUUUUUUUCGUCUUUUCGGUGGAUCUUCCUCGCUUCAUCCAUCAACAGCAGAAUGUGUCUUUUUACAUCAUGUUUGCAUUAUUUUCUAAUAAUCUCUGUGAUAAACUUGCAGAUGAUUGUGACACAUUUGGAGCUCAGACCUCUCCGGACGAGUAUUAUUUUAGCAUAAAUAAGAUAGUUCUCCGUUCCAUUUCCCAUUGAGUUUAAUGGACUCGGAUGUGUUUGCUGUAGUUUAUAGACGUGCCACUUAUCACUUAUCAUGUUGUUUUUGGAAAUGUGCUCCCUGAUUGUACCUGGGAAUGUUUGAGACCAGUGUGCCGUCCCCCUUUUUUCACAGGAAAGUCCCUCACUUCACCUCACUUGAAUGUGAGCCGUAGAGACGAAUGUGGCCGGCUGAACUCGAACUGGAUCUGUACAUUUUUUUUAAAUGUGCAUUUUUGGAUUUAGCUGUGAGGGUUCGAGUUGUUCGAGCCUUUGUAAAUGAUUAACUAUGCUGUACAGUGCUUGCUGUUUGAGCUUGUGAAGACCAAUGGCAUGGCCGUUCUAUAUCUUAAGUUAUAUCUCCGGUUGGCUAAGUGUGAGACCAUAACGAGGAAAACGAGCAUGUCACUGAAAGUCUUGAGCCCUGCUCCGUUUGUCUUAACGCGGUUUGUGUCCCUCCGCCGCUCAGCAGUGGAACUUCAGAGUCAAGUCGUGUUUCUGUCGCACCUGUGCAGCUAUUUAAGGUGGAUGUCCUGCUUCCUAACAGCAAGUUCUUCGUACAGUUGCGACUCGUUGCUCUACCUUGUGUAGAAGCCGUCGUCUUAAAGCUCUGAGUUUGUCAUUUUACGAGUGUUUCUGUUCCUCUUUUACAUUUGUACUUCAUGUAUGCAUUUGAUCUGUAUAGGUAAAGCCAUCCUCACAAUAUUGAACUAAUAUUGCUUCAAACAUCUUGUUUUUAAGUAUCUUUUCAAUGUUCACCAUUUUGUCAGCAUUACAGGGUUCCUACAAAAUUUCAAGCUCUCAUAAUCUCUGACUCAAAUUUCUGGAGUUUUUCUUUUUUUUGCCAUUCAGGACAUUUGAGUUCAAAACAUUCACCUACAGUCCAUGAAAAGUGCUUGCACCCCCUUACAGAUUUCUUUGGCUUUAUCUUUUUGUGUCCCUCAAAAAUGUUUAGAAUGUUUAAUUUCAGAGAAAGAUCAUUUAAAUUAUUUAAAAAGUGCAGUUUUCAAGAAAAAUUAUAUUUAUUGAAAAAAAAAUCUUUCCAAACCAACCUGGCUCUAUUUGAAAAAGUUAAUUAUCCCCUGAACCUAAUAACUGGUUGUGCUACAAUUGGCAGCAACAACUGGCUUCAGAAUAUUUUCUGAUAAUUGGCAAUCAGUCUUACUGUGGAGUAGAUUUAAUUUCACGCAGGUCCAGGUUGGUUUGGAUAGUUUUCCUUCCUUAACAAAUAAAACCAUCAGUUCAAAACCUUUUGCAUUUACUCAAAUUAUCUUUGUCGCUAUUAAAUGUUAUCUAAAAGGUGAGGCACAAAACAGAAUAAAUACGUAAAGGGAAAUGCAUAAAAUAGACAAAGUGUAAGAACCACCAGUUCUUUAAAAUCCUGACUGAAGAGGAUUUAGUGGCUAAAACAGCACUGGGAAAUUGCCUUUUUGAUUUCUAAAUGUUUUCAUACAUAAUUUCUCUGUCAGUAACUCAAAGUCAAAACUUGAGUUGUGAUUUGGCACAUCUGGGAUAAAACAAAAAUUAAGACAUUUUAAAAAUGAACUUAUUUUUCAGGAAGUUAAAAUUUUAUUUUUUCACGGAUCAAACAACGAAUAUAGCUGUGAA